CUCACUGUGCUUCUUACUUUGAUACAAUUUUAAAAGUUUAAUAAUUCACUGUAUUUUUCAAUCGUCCCUCAUACAUUUUUCCCCAACCCCAGAUCACAGCGCGCCUGUCUUUGAGGGCCUGCAUGCCUCUUUCUCUGAGUGUGUAUUUAAUUCCGUGCCCGUCACUGAUGACGUCCUGAGAUUCUUUUCUGUGACAUAAAUCAGCGAGCCUACAACCUACUGGGUGGAAGGGUGAGGGUGGGAAAUGAGGCCUCCCGUCCUAGACCGAGAGAGUACAAUGAGGCUGCAGCCCGGAGUCUCUAUGGACACGCCCCUUGUGGGCGGAGAACCCACGACAAUACGGCCACGCCCAGUGAUGGGCGGCGCGGCGCCCCCUGGUGGCCGUAGAAGGCGACCUGUGAGCGAGCGACGGCCGGCGGGCGGCCGAGGUGGAGCGGGAGCUUCUGACCCAUGGAGGACCUAGCGCUUUCAGGCUCGUCCCUGCUGUCCGAGGAGACCGACGGGCAGGGCACGACCGAGACGUCCACUUACUCCGAAGUCCUGGAGAAGCCCCUGGUGCUCAGAAUCCUCGACGUGCACACCGAGCUUCGGGAGUCCCGGGAGGAGGCGGAGACCGAGGAGGCCGGCGAGCCGGACGACGGACGCGAGUGGGACGAGGGGCAGCGGUCGGGGCAGCCCCCGGGCUCCCACAGACCCCCCGAGCCCCACGAGCCCUGUGGGCCCCACACAGCCCCCGAGGCCGGCGAACACGACGCACCCUGCGAGCCCAGUGAGUCCCGGGCGGUCCACAAGCCCCGGGGGCCGCACGCGCCCCACAGGCUCCGUAGGGCCCAGCAGCCCCGGGAGCCCCAGGAGCCCCGCGAGGCCGCUGAGGCAGAGCUGCGUCCCAGCACCGCGGCGAUGAUGCACCCGUCUCUGAUCGCCAGAUGCCCGCCCGGCCUUCACUUGUCUUCCCUGAGUGGUAGGUGUCCUCUCCACGAGCCCACCCAGCCAGGGCUGACGUCCGAGAGGAGGUUCGUUCGCUACAGCUUGCUGGGCUGUAAAGGAACCUCGCGCUUGUGUCAUCUAGCGGGACCCCAUGGGAGGCCGACAUCUGGAUUUGACCCUGACUUCUACCAGUUCAUAAGAAAACGGUUUUUUUCUAGAAAGAGAAUGCAAGAGCUUUCUAGGCCUAAAAGACAAUGGGGAACUCCAGAUAGAAGACUGUUUUGGGGGAAUCAAGAUCCUAUUUGCCCUGUUCCUGAGAGUGCUUUGAUGGCUCGGCUAUCAAAGAGACUUAGCAAUCUUGCUCAACCCAAGAAAGUUUCCCACCACUACGUACCUAACAGGGAUCAAUAUUACUAUAGCUGCAGAAGAGAGUCUGUAAUUUGGGAGAUUCCUCAUCCUGCAUUGUUUACUGAACCCUCCAAAAGGAUCCAGAGGCUGGCACAGCCCAACAGGUUCAAAAGACAGUGUCUGCGAAAUGGAUCCUUCAGCAAUCACUUAGCAAGAAGUUCUCUUUGAGUUUCUGAUCGUUCUCCCCGGGUUUUGCAACUCUCAGUGGCCAAAGGCACAGAUCCAAACUAUGUUCCUCCAAGAAGUGUUGAAACAAAAAUUUCCAUUAUUACCCUGAGUGCUGUUGCGACUCCGAGAAUUAUAGACCUUGCCCACCCAAGGAUCAAGUUAGAGGGUCUGUGCUAUGAAAGACAAAGAAGUGAAUUGCCCAUCCGUCCCAUAAGCCACCAGCCCCUGCCCCCUGGUGCCUUGCUUGCCACACCUAGCCCCUGAAUAACAGCUCUGGCUAAGUACAAGCCUCUUCAUCAAGACUACCUACCUGCCCAUGCUGCCCAAUGGCCAGUGUCUUAUGCUGCUACCCAUUCUACAGCAUCUCCCAGGAUUCGGGAACUAGCUAACCCAAGUUCAAGGGGUCCUAUGCAUGUUGUAUACUAUGAUCCUGAUGUCUUUAAAGUCAAGCCGGCUGCUUUGAAAGCACAGUGUUCAGCACGGGUCCAAAAGUUGGCAGAACCUCUUGUACGUUAAGCGGAGAAAGUCAGGCCAGUCAGACACAGUUAUGUAUCUGGAUAACUUAGUUCCCUACCCUGGUACUAUCUGUUUACUUCCCCCAACUGGCCCCCAAGUAUGAGACCUCCACGGAAUACCACUGUGAGCAUCAAGUAGCACCUGCUACUGUACCUGUAGCCAAACUGUUGGCAGGUUUGGGGAUUUGGCAUGCAAUAAAAGAGACACUGAGAGCCAGCUUUGCUGUCCUUCCUACCUCCUCAUGCAUUGCAUCAUGGCUGCCUCACCGAAAGCCACUUUCUCUUCCAUCC